AUGAAAAUGUCCAAUGAAACCGCUGUGACUGAAUUUCUUCUCCUGGGAUUCUCUGACGUUCGGGAGCUGCAGAUUUUACACUUUGUGGUGUUUCUAGUGCUUUACCUGAUAUCCCUGCUCGGGAACCUUCUCAUCAUCACAGCCAUAGCCCUCGACCACCACCUUCACACCCCAAUGUACUUCUUCCUGAUGAAUCUGUCCAUCCUAGACCUUGGCUCCAUCUCUGUCACCAUCCCCAAAUCCAUGGCCAAUUCCCUAACGAACACCAGAUCAAUUUCAUAUUCUGGAUGCGUCGCUCAAAUUUUUCUAGUCGUGGUCUUUGUUUCAGCAGAUUUUGCCAUACUGACAGUCAUGGCGUAUGACCGAUACGUCGCCAUCUGCCAACCACUGCACUAUGAAAUGGUGAUGAACAGGAGAGCUUGUGUCCAAAUGGCAGCCAGUGCCUGGAUCAGCGGUAUUCUCUACUCUGCACUGCACACCGGGAACACAUUUGCAAUGUCCUUCUGUGGAGGAAACAUGGUGGAUCAGUUCUUCUGUGAAAUCCCCCAGCUCCUGAAGCUCGCCUGCUCUGACUCAUACCUCAUUGAAGUUGGGUUUCUCAUCUUUAGUGUGUGCUUAGCCUCAAGCUGCUUUGUUUUCAUAAUUGUGUCAUAUGUUCAGAUCUUCAAAGCAGUGCUGAGAAUCCCCUCUAAGCAGGGCCAACAUAAAGCCUUCUCCACCUGCCUCCCUCACCUCUUUGUGGUCUCCUUGUUCUUUUGUACUGCUGCCUUUGCCUACCUGAAACCCAAAUCCAGCUCAACAUCUGGUCUGAAUCUCAUGGUGGCUGUUCUCUAUUCUGUGUUGCCACCAAUGAUGAAUCCAAUCAUCUACAUCAUGAGAAACAAAGAGAUGAAAGGCGCACUGAGUAAAUGGAUAGGUUGGAGGUUAUUCACUAAGAACAAAAUGUCCAUAUUUCUCCUUUGGUAA